GCAGAAGAAGAGAGUCUUCCUGGAAGUGUAAGCUGUGGUAUUGGUAGGUUUUUGCCAUGGUCGUUUGGACGGUUUGUAAUACUUAUGGUAGAGGACAUUUUAUUUAAAAUAUGAAGUUACUGCCCUCAAUGAGAGAGUAGUGUAGUAUCUGUAGAAGUGGACCUCUCCUUCGGAAAUGCCUUUAUUAAUUCAGAACAAAGGACUUGACCGGAUAAGCUCGACAGUGGAGCUGUUCGACAGGCAUCCGCAUUUACAGGAAAGUGCAAGAGACUUUUGCUCCAAGCCACUUGUUGAUGUCGACCCAAAGUGCUUUCUGUAUGUGCAACAAAGAGAGUUUGCUGCAACAACACCAACAGACAAUAAUGUUUCCAUCCUUGGAUCAGAUGAUGCUACCACUUGCCAUUUGGUUGUGCUGCGACACACUGGCAGUGGAGCAGUUUGCCUUGCCCACUGCGAUGGCUCCAACACUUGGUCUGAGGUCCCACUUAUUGUCAAAGCUGUCACAUCACUGAGUAACAGUAAGGACAGCAGACUAGAGCUCCAUCUUGUUGGGGGAUUCAAUGACGAGUUAAAAACAUCCCAUAAAUUAAGCCUUAACAUUCUGGCAGCGUUCCAUAAACAGAAAGAGGAUAUUCAUCUAGUAACAUGCUGCAUCACUGAAAUGAAUGACACUGUUGUCAAUGGAAAUCACAGACCUAUAGUAUAUGGAAUAGGUGUGAAUGUCAAAACAGGGGAAGUCUUCCCUUCCUCUUUCUCUCAUAAGGGACCUGCAGAGGAACUGCGCUCAGCUAGAACCUUCACUGGGGGACAGAUGGCUGACAUUUAUGACUCAAGUCAAGGGCUUGUUAAAAUUGGACCUUGCAAGUGGUCUCCGAAUAUGGACAUUGCCUUCUGGUUGUCACAAAGUGAUGACAUAAUUUUAAAGUACCUGUCCACAUCUCCCAUGGCUGAGCCACCACACUUUGUCCAGCACAUAAAGUCCACUGUCCAGUUCCUUUUAGAUCACCCAAAUUCUGAUAGCCUGUUUCCUGGGGGCCAGCCACAGCUCUACCACAGGACUGAACAUGGGGACUGGGAGAGAGCUGCACAGUCAUAGAGGCUUCCACUCAUCUUCAUCUGAACCUCAAAACAUGGUACCUGACUGUUUCUGCCUCUUAGCUUAUUGGACACACUGUGACCCACAUUCACCUGCUGUCUCUUUUUGUUCAUCAUGUCUUAUUAUGGAGGUGACCUCUAACCAUGUUGUAUGUUUGUUGAAUUUGUUGAGUUUGACUCAUCUGGCUGGCCCAGUAGAGCAACUGGAGAGUACAAGUGAUUGGUUCUAUGACAGAAGUCUUUUUGAAACAACAUUGUCUUCAUACAUAUCUGUGUAAAAUAUCAUACUUUUUGUCUGUACACAACUGAAACCUUUUUUUUUUUUUUUAAAUGCAUACUCAACCAACUGAUAUCAUGCCACUAUAAUUGCCUUUAGAGGCCUUGUUGUCAGUUGUUGUUGCUGUGUUGCCAGGAAAGCAAAUCUGAAGUGCACAUAUACAGACAUGAAUAUUCAUUUCAAAUAUUAAGAGAAAAGGUCACUUUAUGUGGUCAGUAUAUGACUCGUUUUUGAGCUGUGUCACAAGUGGCAUCAUCAAAUGAAGAUUGCACAAGCACAUGAUAAAUGCUAGCUUUCAUGUGCUAUAAUAUGAUAAAAUUCCUGUAUGGAUCUUAUAAAUGCAGAGCUUGACCUGUGGGUAUGGUGUAUUCACCUGUCAGGACUUGCAUUUCAGCUUUGUGAUGACUAAAGAAGAAUUAAGCUUUGCACUUUGUUUAAAACACUGAUAAAUUGUUUAACAGUUACAGUGUUUUCUCUACAAUCGCAUCUUCCUGCUGAGUGGAAAAGGACCUUCCCAUUACAUACUCUACAUAGAUCUGUACACUUGGACAUGAAUGUGUAUGUGGAAGUAUCUGCAUGUGUAAAUGUGUACAAUAUUCUACUGCAACAAAUAAUGUCAACAUAUGAUUUUGUUAGCAAUGUCAUUUUAAAACUGUAAAACAAUUCAAUUUUCAGAGCAACAAAUGUACUGUAUAAGGCCUUUCCCCAUCAAUUAAGUUUGCAAAGUGCUUGAAAUCUUGAAACUGUACAUCUUACUAAAUAAAGGUAAAUAUGAUAAA